AUGACGAGUUUGUCCUUCAGAGCAGCGCAUUGUGGUCACACUUCCUUCACUGCAACCCGUAAACCCAGUGGUCACACUUCCUUCACUGCAACCCGUAAACCCAGUGGUCACACUUCCUUCGCUGCAACCCGUAAACCCAGUGGUCACACUUCCUUCGCUGCAACCCGUAAACCCAGUGGUCACACUUCCUUCGCUGCAACCCGUAAACCCAGUGGUCACACUUCCUUCGCUGCAACCCGUAAACCCAGUGGUCACACUUCCUUCGCUGCAACCCGUAAACCCAGUGGUCACACUUCCUUCACUGCAACCCGUAAACCCAGUGGUCACACUUCCUUCACUGCAACCCGUAAACCCAGUGGUCACACUUCCUUCACUGCAACCCGUAAACCCAGUGGUCACACUUCCUUCACUGCAACCCGUAAACCCAGUGGUCACACUUCCUUCACUGCAACCCGUAAACCCAGUGGUCACACUUCCUUCACUGCAACCCGUAAACCCAGUGGUCACACUUCCUUCGCUGCAACCUGUAAACCCAGUGGUCACACUUCCUUCACUGCAACCCGUAAACCCAGUGGUCACACUUCCUUCACUGCAACCCAUAAACCCAGUGGCCCUGUUUCCUCCACUUGA